AUGGCACUGGCCGUCAACAGUCCCGCUUUCUCGUCUCUUGUCGUUGAGCCCCGUCAGUACUACAUCGCCGCCGUCUUCAUCGUCGUCGCCGCCAUCUUAAUCCACCAUACCUGGUCCACUAUUCACUACCGCCGUGCACGCAGGCGUGAGGCUGCAGCCGAACCCGGGGGAGAGCAGCUUCCACCCGCGUAUCCGGCCUUCAUUCCUUAUGUGGGAAACAUCGCGUCCUUUGUCAUCGACACAGGCAAGUUCAUACGCCAAGCAACAUUAUACCAUGGAAGGUUGACGUCGUCCAAGAUCACGCUCCUGGGUCGUCAUCUCUAUAUCUUCCAGGAGCGGGAGACCAUAUCCCGCAUCAUGCGACACCAGGACCUGUCCAGCCCCAUGUCUCUGUACAACUUUGGGCUGCGGUAUCUGUUCGGCAUGCCCAAGGCCGGUCUUGUGCCCUAUGCCGAUGACGACUCGGGUCUGUCGGCCAAGCCGCUGCCAGGAAGCAAUGUGGCGCCCGAGAAACGUAUCGACCACCUGCUCCAUCGAGCAUACCACAAGGCCUGGACGGGGUCGAACCUGGACGCUGCCUCCCGUCGCUUCACGCAUAUGAUAACUGCGCAAUUAUUGUACGACCCCGCCGAGAUUAUUCCCGGCGGUGCGUGGACUCAGCUCGACGACAUGUUCAGUUACUUCGGCAAGGCCGUCAGCACUGCCUUGAUCCAGACCAUAUUCGGCCCGGCACUGCUACAGCUCAAUCCGGGUUUCGUUGAUGAUCUGUGGGUCUUUGACGACGGGUUGCCGUGGCUGGUGCGCAAGGUGCCGUCCUUCCUCGUGCCGGGCCCAUAUCGUGUUCGCUCCCGACUGCAGGCUCAGAUACGCCGUUGGUAUGCCUACUCCCGCCAGUGGUUCCGCGAGGACAGCAUCGGCAGCGUGGCAGACGGUGGUGGUGAUGCCGAUCCCUUCUGGGGGUCCGAGAUCAUCCGCCAUCUGCACCGCGAGAUGUUGAUCAAAACCAAGUCUGGUGGCGAUAGAGGGAACAAGUCGGGCGGGUUUAUGGACAGCGAGAGUCUUUCGGCCCACGACCUGGGCAUGCUCUGGGGGUCCGUGUCCAACUCCAUCUCGGCCACCAUGAUGAUGGCGAGUCACAUCUUCCGUGACCCUGUGCUUCUGCAGCGUGUGCGUUCCGAGCUGGAGGAGCAGCACGACUUCUCUCUCGACAGCCCCGAAACUGAAACCACCAUCGACUUUAAGCGGCUGUGGAAGCUGCCCCUACUGUGCUCCUGCUACGCCGAGACUCUGCGUCUGCACGUCGAGGUGCUGCUCAUGUUCAGCUCCCCGCACAGCGACGUCUCUCUGGGCAAGUGGCGGCUGCCGCGCACCAAGAUCGCCCUCGUCAACACCGUCAUCGCCCACAUGGACGAGGCCGUCUGGAACACAAAGGGCGGCCUGUACCCGCUAAACACCUUCUGGGCCGACAGGUUCAUCGUCGACCCUGCCGAUCCGUCGAGCGGACCCGUAAGGCCCGAAUGCAAGCCCAUCAUCAGGAAAAAACCCUGGUUUUCCACGGAUGGACUGGAUGGGUCUUGGAUACCGUAUGGAGGAGGCCCAUCCAUGUGUCCAGGCCGCUUCCUGUCGAAGACGGUCAUUCUUUCGACCGUUGCCAUUCUCGUGACCAAAUUCGACAUGGACAUCUUGACGGACCAGGUCGUGCGUGAUACCUGGCGGUUUGGCCUCGGCGUGGCGAGACCUAAAGGUAAAAUCCCGGCUCGUGUGAGGCGGAGGGAGGCGGGUGAAAACCCCCGAUAA